AGAUCUACGUCUGGUCUGUCUUGCCAGAGAUUUUGUUGAGUCUCAUUCAUUUGCUCACAUCACUCACGACAUUAGUGCAUGUUUGGCACCAGACGUCUAGACACAGCUAGCCGUUUGCAAUAGUCGCUGGAUAGGCUUUGAGGACGCUUCAAGAUAGUGUCGUUUUACAAUUUGUUCAUCGAACGUGAUACUAGGAUGUGGUCUGGAUCUAACUCAGCUUCAGCAGGAGGACCAAGCCGUGCCCGGAUCUUGCAGAGCCUCCAGGAGCGCAAGAGGUCGCGAAACAACUCCCUCAGUAGUUUGGGCGUGGGAGAUGUGUCGACAUCUGGUGAACCAUCCAGCUAUGGCGGCUCGGUGUCAGGCGGCGGCGGCGGUGGUCCUAUGACGAAUCCGGUGCGAGGCGCCAUGCAGCCCGGCGGCCAACCGCGCUCCGCUCCUUCAGCGGCGGACCCGCGCACGGCAAUGGGUGUUCGCGGCCAGCAUCAGCAUCAGCAGGGUGCCAGUGGGCACGGACCGGUACGAUCUGGCAACACUGGUAGCGGUCUGGGAGCGCCCGGAAGUAUGCGGCCGCACGGGCCAGGCGUUGACGGACAGCAGAAGCAGCAAUCGUUCGCGCCCGGCCCGAGACGGUCGGGCACACUGGUGGCCGAUAUGGGCCAUUUCCCCCCUGCCCAGAGUGAAUCUCUGCAGCAUCCGGACGUGACGCGACUCCAGCCGGCGGCGUACUCCAUGCCUCCUCCUCGUACAGCCAGCCCAGUGGCAUUGUCCACUGGCCGCCCGCUCCUAGCUGCUCAGCAGCAGGUGGCAUUGCAGCAUGCUCACGCCCAGUCACACGGCUACUACAUUGUCCAGGAGUCGUCGUUCGGCAACCUCAUUCUUCCCGUCUUGCCGCGCGUCGACUCUGUCAAGUAACAAUCGAGUGGUGCUCAUUUGUUGUUUUGCUUUUUUAAGUCUUAUUUUGCUGUGUGAUUUAGUACUGCAUAGGUCAGUUGUUUAUCUAUUUAGAACUUCCGGGACGUGUUAGUCGAUGUGCAUGUAGCUGUAUCUAUUGUCGAGUACACACACACACACACACAUACACACACACACGCACACACACACACACACACACCUGAACUACGGACUGACAUAACUUAGAAGCAUUCUAACAGGAUUGCCGAUGCACGUACGUACGUACGAGAUUCAAACAUCAUACUAUGAAAGAAAGAAUGGAGGUGCAUCUGCAUCUCUCUGUGUCCUUUUUUAACUAUUGAAAAACAAACUAGAAAUGUU